UUCAAUACCAUCACUUCCUUUCCUUUUCCCAUCUCUCUCUCUCUUAGACAUGGAAAUGGCCAAAACCCUAGCAUUGUUGCUACUCUUCCUCCAACUAACUUCUUUCACUUCAUUUGCUGAAGAGAUUGAAUCUCUUCCCCCAACUUACCCUCCUCACACACCAGCUCCUCUUCAUCCCCCAACUAAGUCACCGGUUCACCCACCGGUCAACCCACCUCACCACCACCAUCACCACCCCAACCACUCACAUUCCCCUUCUCCUACCCCUGUUCACACUCCUCACACACCAGCUCCCCUUCACCCCCCAACUAAGUCACCCGUUCACCCACCAGCUAACCCCCCUCACCACCACCAUCACCACCCCAACCACUCACAUUCCCCAGCUCCCUCCCCUGUUCACACUCCUUACCCUCCUCACUCACCAGCUCCACUUCAUCCCCCAACCAUAUCUCCAGCUCACCCACCUGCUAAGCCCCCAACCCACGGCCAUCACCACGCUCCUGCUCCUGCCCCUGCUCACACACCUGUUGUUCCAACUCACCCACCAUUGCACCCUCCGACUCCUGCUCACUCACCAUCACACCCUCCUCCUCCUGCUCACUCACCACCGCACCCCACUCCCAUCCCUAGAAGCUUCAUCGCUGUUCAAGGUGUUGUUUAUGUCAAAUCAUGCAAGUAUCCUGGUGCUGACACCCUCUUGGGAGCUUCAUCACUUCUUGGUGCCGUUGUGAAGCUUCAAUGUAACAACACAAAGUAUAAGUUGGUGUUAAAGGAUGAAACUGAUAAGAAUGGUUACUUCUACAUUGAAGGCCCAAAGAGCAUUACAAGCUAUGCAGCUCACAAGUGUAAUGUUGUUUUGGUUAGUGCACCUAAUGGGCUUAAGCCUUCGAAUCUUCAUGGUGGUGUUAGUGGUGCUGUGCUUAGGGCUGAGAAAGCUUUUGUGUCUAAGGGUCUUCCUUUUGUUCUCUAUACUGUAGGGCCUCUUGCUUUUGAGCCCAAAUGUUAGGGUUUGAAAAAUUGUGAGUUUUUUAUUUUUACUUUUAUAGAUUGAUGUGUUGUUUAGGAGUUUGGUUUGAGUUUGUGUUGAAAUAUGAUGUUAGGUGCUUGAAUUAUCAAAGUGUAAUAAGGUGUUAUAUUAUGUAAUGUGUGAUUGAUGGUUCUUGUAAGAAUUCAAUAUUUAGAAAAGUGAUGUUUAUCGACUUUGUUUA